AGAGGAGAAGCCAAUCCAGGCCAGAACAGUGAACCUGGUUGGACAGAAGAAACCUCCACCGCAAAACGACGUCCGAGGAAUCCAGCAGCAGUUGACCAGCUACAGAGAGACGGUGAUCCGGCAGGCCACGGCAGCUGCGGGCUCGGCCAUCCAUCGGGACGAUGCGCCCACCUGUGGAAUCUGCCACAAGACCAAGUUUGCAGACGGCUGUGGGAGCCUGUGUUCGUACUGCCAGACCAAGUUCUGCGCUCGCUGUGGGGGGAGGGUGUCCCUGAGGUCCAACACGGAGGACAAAGUGGUGAUUUGGGUGUGCAAUAAUUGCCGGAAGCAGCAGGAGAUUCUGACCAAACCAGGCGACUGGUUUGGGAAGCCUUCUGGACUUGGUUCUGCUGUCAGCGAACCAUCCGUGUGCCAAGUGUCCGGGGAUAAGAAGCUGAGAUCUCGCUCCCAAGCACCCACAGGCUCUGCUGGUACGAUCCAAGACCCUGGGCGACCAGGGGCCACAGCUGGAACAGAUGCUCGCUCACUUAGUGAGCCACCACGAGACGCGAGGAAUGUACGGGGAGGUGGCGGAGCAGGUCGAGGGGAGCGGCGGCCGGGUCAGUCGAGGCUGCAGACUCAAGUCUCCAUGGAUCGGGACCUGCGGGGGGAGCGCAGGGAAAGCCGUCAGCUGUCAAAGGUCCGGUCUUUGGAGCAGGAUCCUGUGGGAGGAAGUGGAGGUAUGAAACGAACAGAAGAGGGGGGUUACCAUCAUGUGGACAACAGUGGGGCCCCCCCUCGACAAGCAGGGUCAUUAGCCCCUGCUGGCAGUGGCCCUUCUGUGCACACUCAGGGUCGGGGGACAGGUGCACAGGAGGUCAGGGACACUGCUCGACCUGGACAGAGGACGGUGGGUGGGGUUGGUGGACCACGUGAAAGUGUUGUCUCACAGCAGGCCCCGCCCCCUGAAGUCAGAGAGCCUCCCGGUUCAGGGCCCGGCUCAGCUGCCGGUCAGGGGCCCGGAGUCAAACGGACCAAGCGGGACAAGGCUGAGAGCAUGCUGAGGAAUGAUUCGCUGAGUUCCGACCAAUCCGAAUCUCUGCGGCCGCCUCCGCCACGACCCUACAAGUCGAAACGAGGGCCGGGUGCCGGAGGGAAGAGGCAAACCAGCGUGAGCAGCUCAGAAGAGGAGGGGGGCACCACACCUGAGUACAGCAGCUGUGAGGAUGCUGAGAUCGAAAGUGUCAGCGAGAGAGGAGAUUGGGAGUGUCACCCACACGACCCCACUGGAUGGCACCAUCCUGUAACCUGGCAGCCAUCCAAGGAGGGAGACCAUCUGAUUGGGCGUAUUACCCUCAGUAAGAGGAGUGCCACCAUGCCCAAAGAGGCCGGAGCUCUGCUAGGUUUGAAGGUGGUGGGAGGAAGAAUAACAGAGUCAGGCAGAUUAGGUGCCUUCAUCACCAAAGUCAAGAAAGGAAGUUUGGCCGAUGUGGUGGGACACCUCAGAGCAGGGGACGAGGUUUUGCAGUGGAAUGGGAAGUUGUUACCAGGAGCGACGAUGAAGGAAGUUUAUAACAUCAUCCUGGAGUCUCAGUCCGAGCCUCAGGUGGAGCUGGUGGUGUCCAGGCCUAUUGGUGAUAUCCCAAGAAUCCCCGAUACGUCCCACCCUCCAUUAGAAUCUACAGGUUCCAGUUCUUUUGAGUCCCAGAAGAUGGAGAGACCAUCCUUAAAUGUCCUAUCUCCCUCCAGUCCUGGGAUGCUCCGAGACGCUCCACAGCUGAUGCCGGGCCGACUCUUGGUAAAGCUGUGGUAUGACAAAGUGGGUCAUCAGUUAAUUGUCAACGUGCUGCAGGCGGUGGAGCUUCCUCUUAGGCCUGAUGGGCGUCCCAGGAGUCCUUACGUCAAAAUGUACUUCCUCCCAGAUCGCAGUGAUAAAAGCAAACGAAGGACAAAAACAAUGAAGAAGACCUGCGAGCCAAAGUGGAACCAGGCGUUCGUCUAUUCUCAUGUUCAUCGAAGGGAUUUUCGGAACCACAUGCUGGAGCUGACAGUGUGGGACCAACCCAGGUCCCCAGAGGAGGACAGCAUCUUUAUGGGAGAGAUCUUGAUAGAGCUGGAGACGGCCUUACUCGACGACAAGCCCCACUGGUAUCCCCUUCAGACCCAUGAUGUCUCAUCCAUCCCACUGCCUCGACCUUCCCCCUACCUGCCCAGACGGCACACGGACACAAAUGGCAAGAAGCUGCAGCGUUCUCAGCGUGUAACAGAGCCUGAGUUUGAUGAGGGUACAGCAGUAGUAUCUAAAGCAGACAGCUGCGGCAGGGAGAGGCAACGGGAGCCCACGACCACCCUUGAGGUACCCGAUCAGCAGCGGACACCCUCCCAUCACAUCCGUUCCCGCUCCGUGUCCCCGCACCGUGAGGAGCAGGGCCGCAAUCGAUCCCGAGCACCUAACGUUCCCGCCCAGAGUGAGGUCAUCAUGCUCCACCAAUCAAUGCGAGGCAAAAGUGCUGAGUGUCUACACACCAGUGAUCUGCAGCCCUCUCUGGACAGGGUUAGGAGUGCUAGCACCAACUGUCUGACUCCAGACAAUCAUGCCCCCUCACCAGAGACUGAAAGAAAGCCUUUGUCCCAUUCCCUGCCUCGACGACGUCCGGCAAGUCCCCGGAUUCUAAUCCAACAUGCUUCCCCUGAAGAUGACAGGCAGCCUCGGAUUCUGGAAAGCCCAGAGUGUCAGACUCUUGUCAGGAAGCGGUCUGACAGCGGCAGGGGCCUCCUGCAAGGCGGUGUGGCGGCGUCUUCGGCGGCACGCAGAGUGAGGCAGCUCCCCCAGCUUCCCCCCCAGACCAGUACUGUAGAACAAGCCCUGGUAGCAGAGGAGCGUGUUCGUCAGCUCCAGAUGAGGGUUCAUUCUAACCGGAUGUCAGCUGCCCCCACCUCCAGCCAACAAGACCUGGACCAAGCCCUCAAGAACAAACGAGAGCUCUAUAAGGACCAGAGGAGGAAUAGUGAAAAUAUAUCCCAUAAGUCCUCAGACAGUGAUGUCAGUGAUGUGUCAGCCAUCUCUCGUACCAGCAGUGCCUCUCGCAUCAGUAGCACCAGCUACAUGUCCAUCCAGUCAGAGAGACCCCGGGGACGCUUCAGCCGAGCGAUGCGUGCAUCGGGCCGCCACAUGAUGAAGAGCACCAGCGUGAGCGGGGAGAUCUACGGCAUGGAGCACGCCGACGGCAGCCAGUCGGACACGGCACUCGGGAGUCUGGGGAGCGGGAUCAAGAAGCGGCGCUCCAGCCUGAGCCAACGUGUCGUUGCCAUCCUGCCGUCAAGACGGAGCCGGAGUACCUCACAGCUCAGCCAGACAGAAGCGGCGGGUAAGGCGGCGGACAGACAGAAAGAGACGUCGACGGGAAAGAAGGUCAGUAAAGCCGGCAGCAGCAGUAUCCAGAGGAGCGUGGAGACGGGUAUGGCUGUGGAGUACCCACGAGGAGGAUCGGCCAUGAACCGGCAGGCCAGCAGGGAGUCCACUGAUGGCAGCAUGAACAGCUACAGCUCUGAGGGGAAUUUGAUCUUCUCAGGGAUGCGUUUGGGGGCCGACAGUCAGUUCAGUGACUUCCUGGAUGGACUGGGUCCUGGUCAGCUGGUUGGUCGGCAAACACUGGCCACACCUGCCAUGGGUGAUGUUCAGAUCGGUUUGAUGGAUAAGAAGGGACAGCUGGAGGUGGAAGUGAUCAGGGCCCGAGGCCUUACCCCCAAACCAGGCUCCAAAUCCCUCCCAGCUCCUUAUGUUAAGGUGUACCUGCUAGAAAACGGAACAUGUAAAGCCAAAAAGAAAACCAAGAUUGCACGUAAGACCCUGGAGCCGCUCUACCAGCAGCACCUGCUCUUUGAGGAGAGUCCCCAGGGCAAAGUUCUUCAGGUGAUAGUCUGGGGUGACUAUGGACGACUGGACCAUAAAUGCUUCAUGGGUGUAGCACAGAUCUUGUUGGAGGAGCUGGAGCUCUCGAGCACAGUGAUUGGCUGGUACAAACUGUUCCCACCAUCCUCACUGGUGGACCCUACAUUAGCUCCACUCACGCGGCUGGCGUCUCAGACGUCACUGGACAGCUCAGGACCGCCGCCUGGCACUCGGUCCUAGUGACCGAAGGGCGAUCACCUACCCCAGUCCCCACCCCCACCCCCGCCCUGAAAUGAUCAGAAAAUGGACCACACUGGACCACAACUGAGCAGAGGGUGCAAACAUGGCCUGAAGAUGACAACAAUAAGCCCCUGAACAACCAAUCAAAAACCAGAUGGCGAGACAGGGAAAGAGGAAUGAAAGAGGGAGAGACAGAAGUAGCCAAUCAGAGCUUAGCUGGAGUCUGACAAUCACGUCUCACACCUUCCACCUUUCUACCUGUCGCGCUGUUUUCUGUUUUCAAACUGGUGCUUUCUCUGUUUUUCUUCUUUGAGCUCCAGCUGCGGAGCGUUCUGUCCGACACGCUUUACAUCUCUCGCAUCCAUCCUUUGAUUUCCUUCCAGCGCAGCCCCUCUCUGAGCACCUGAUCAAAGCAGAGUCCACCCAGUUCCAACCAAUCAGAGCAGAGCCUUUCCCCGGGCCGCAGGAAGAAGCAAACUGCUGGAGCUUCACGACGUUGGAGGCGAGAACCAGGGGGCAAGUAGUUUGACGGAGCUCGGUCAUUUUUUUAGAGAAAAGUCGCGCACAGUUUAAGCCUUUUUAGGUCUUUAAAGUGAAAAGGAAGCACAAGAAAAGCUCCGCCCCAUUCAGAAAGACUUACAGAAGGAUUUCUGGGUGUAAAGCCAGAAAAAGAGGAAGCAGAGGCCAAAUGGAUCAUGAGAUUCUUUUUUUUUUUCCUGUUUUAUUUCAGGU